ACGGCAAACACAAAUUGACAGCAGUUUAAAGCAAACGCCUGUCACAUGUUGUAUAUUUGGACUCCGCGGCCUCUCGGACAGCCUUAUAAAGAACCCUGACAAACGUGCGUGCAAAUCGGCGAGGAAGUACAAAUUACAGCUGUCAGCUCCACAACAGGUCUCUCCAGUCCCGAGGGAGCAAACACCUUUCAGAGCUGGGCUGGUUUGUACAGACUGUGUCAGGUGGGUAGCAAGAGGAUACAACUCGCUAUAGAAACGCCGUCAGGAGAGGACUAUUCUGUGAGCGCUUUGCUGAUCCCCGUAAGCUGGAUGCAGGAAGGGCAUCGACCGGGACCCAAAAAGGCUGCAGGCAUGGUGAAGUCAGACGGCCUCCAGGCGGAGCUACCCGCGCCCGUCCGGUUCUCACCCGUACCCGAGCCUCCUAAACACCUGGGGAACAGUCUUAAACGUGUCCUACUGGUCUCUAACAUCAAUGAAGAGAAGAGGUUGCAGCGGCGUCUGAAGGACCUGGAUAUAAAACAGAACCGCGAGACGGAACGACUCAGAGAUCAGCAGGAAAGAUUCGUCAAGUCGCUUCGCGAAGAGAUGCAGCAAGAACAGGCCCAGAUGAAGAGAAGGUCGUCUAUCCCACACAUACACGUCACAAACCACCUCGAACUCCCAGUGGUCUGCGAUCCUAGGAAAGUCGCUCUAGAGCAGAAGAAAUUGAAUGGAGAUUCGCGCAGACGGGCGUCGGUAGCGGUGCCGAGUUUACCGCAUAUUUCCGCGGAGUUGCGCAACAGUCACCACAGACACAGGAGGCCGUCUCUGCCGGAAUCAACUAUCGAAGACGUGCCCAAGUUGCCGGCGAUCGGGGAAGACUCCUUCAAGGCCGUACAAGACAGUAGAUUUCAGAGUCUUGAACAAGCGCUGGUGAGAAACUCUGAAGGUAAAACUUUGAAAAGUAACCAUGGGGAUGAAAAAUCAACAACAACAUCAACACCGGACGAUGAUGCUGAAGGAGACCAUGUAGAGUGACGUUCAAGUUCAACAGAUGUAACAGCAAAACGUACUCAAGAAAUAAACAGACAUAGCAGCGCUAUUCGCCGAUGCUCUGAACAAGAGACAUUAUACGCUGGUCUCCAAAAAAGAGG